AAUCGUCCAAGACGUCAUCUAUAGUGCUAUCCCUGUUGUUAAAGGCAAUAUGCAGGUAUUCUUCUUGGCCGGGUUAUACGAUGCUUUUUUGUACAGUGCAGUUCAAUUUGACGUAAGUAAAACAGCUUCAACUUGCCUCAAUUUCGUCGUAGAGUUCAAGUGGAUUUGUAAAGAAUUUAUUUUUAUGAGUGAAACAAUUGACACCUGCUGUUUAUUGCUCAGAUAUUUAUCUGAAGCCUGCCUGUCCAGAGUUUAUUUCUGAGACGGUGAUCGGAGUCAAUCUGUAUGCAACUGUUACGCGUUGCCUCGACUAUGUCUUACCAAGGAUCACCAUAUUCGGGCCCGGGAGAUGAAUAUGACUUCGAGGACGACGGGUACGACGAUCUAGACGAAUAUAGAGACCAAGAAGACACCUUGCUGCCACCAACAUUUGAUGACAGCGAUGAAGACACAGAGGAAGCAAGUGAAACAGAUGUACCCAAAAGUGAUGAACCUCUUGAGAUUAAAGAACAGAUGUACCAGGACAAGCUGGCGAACCUCAAGAAGCAGCUGCAGCAGCUGGAAGAUGAGAUCCACCCGGAGUUCUUGCGGCGGGUGAAGAGGCUCGAGCAUCAGCUGCACGAACGGUUACGACUUAACAAAAUUUAUAAAGAUCACAUGCAUGAGGUGGUAGAAAAAGAGUAUGUUGCAGAGAAGAAGGCAGCAGCUAAGGAGUUUGAAGAGAAGAAGAUUGAAUUGAGAGAGAAUUUGCUGAAUGAUUUUGAAGAUAAGCGGAGAGCCAUUGAAAAUGAGAGAAAUAGUAUGGAGCUUAAUGGAGAUUCAAUGGAGGUGAAACCAGCAAUGAAGAGGAUACUCCGGCGGCGCGCCAACGAGCCUGCGCCUGCGCCGGAGAAGCGUCGCAAAGCGCUCACCACCACGCUCACCUUCCAGCUGGACGACCGCGACAUCGACGCCGACCUGCGAGCCAUCGCCGCUGCCAAUCCCGCCAGGGUUGCGACGACUAAUAAUACCCAGCCGAGGAAGCAUGUCAACUCCAGUAGCUGUGAAUCACCAGUCCGGGAGAGCAACGAAACGACAGAGACGAGAGUGGAAGACGGCAAGUUGCUGUACGAGAGGCGAUGGUUCCACCGGGGCCAGAGCGUCUACGUGGAAGGCCGGGAUAUACCCAGGUUUCCCGGGCAGAUACACGCCAUAACCGACGAGGCGAUAUGGGUGAAACGGCCGAAUCUCGAGCGGUUCAGGAUAUACAUAUCGCAGUUAGCGCGGGGCAAAGUGACUUUAAAACGGAGGGCCUCGUAAUGUGCUAGUGAGUGAGUGAGUGACGUCACGAGCUAGUAUACACACACACACACACACACACGCCAGGUGGCGUUGGUCAACUCAAGUCGAGCUUGCAGGAUGAGGGAAUAUUGGGAUACUUUGAAUGGAAGUUAUUGACAAUAAGUAUUAAAUUAUUUUUGACUCUAUGCACUAUAUAAUUCGGAACAAUAUGAGGUGAAUGUGACGUCGCAACUGAUGGUUGACUCGAUAAAAACUUUAUUUGACAGCUUCCUUUCUUUUGUCUUAUAUUAUUCCGAUUUCUUUGUUAUGCACACACAUAAAACAAUGUUCCGAAGUGUGGAUUAAGACCAAUGUUUUGUAACGGUUAGGUGUUUUUUUUUAAAUCUUUAUUCAGGCAAUGUUCAGACAAUACACGUAUACAUAUUCGUCAAUGAAUUAUUGUAGUGCAACUAAAGGAAAUGAACCAGUGCGAAAAAACGCAAUAAGGCCCGCCCCACACUGGGCGUCUUUCGAGCGGUGUGUCUGUACGAUGCACAUACAGUUAUGACGACGCUGUACAGGCGCUAGCGAGACGACGACAUCCAGUGUGUGGGGAGAAUGACGCCCAGUGUGUGGGGGACCUAAGAGCUUACUCUUGUUACUAAACUGUCAUCAUAUACAGGGUUAAAGAGUCGAUAAUUUUUU